AUGCCGAGAGCAAUCGAUGUGUGGAUGCAACAUCCCACGCAACGCUUCCUGACGGAUUCCAUCUUCGACUCCUUGCAUCGUUGGAAUCGCAUGGAUGUCUCAGUUCUGCAGAAGCCGGAUCAUCCCGUCUACAGUCCCCAGAUGUCGCUCAGCAGCAUGGACGCGGGCGCGGUGGACUUGGGUCUGGCUUGCGCCUGGUAUGGCCCUGAGGGGACCAUGAUCUCGAACGAAGAUGUGAAGAAACUCUGCGAGGCAGCCCCGGGGCGUUUCCUGGGCGUGGCCUCGGGCGACAUCCGCGACCCGGUGCGCUGCGUGGCGGGCAUCAAGCACUACGUGCAGAAGCACGGCUUCGUGGCGGUGCGGAUCCUGCCCUGGCUUUGGGAGCGCUAUGCGGAUGAUCGUCUUUUCUAUCCCAUCUACGCUGCGUGCGUGGAGUUAGAUGUGCCCUUGUGCUUGCAGGUGGGCCACACAGGCCCCCUGCGGCCCAGUGACUUCGGGCGACCCAUUCCCCACCUGGAGCGGGUGCUGCUGGAUUUCCCACAGCUGACGGUCGUGGGGGGCCACAUUGGAGCGCCCUGGGUGGAGGAGAUGAUUUUUUUGGCCGGCAAGUUUCCAAAUCUCUACAUUGAUACUUCAGCCUAUGUUCUUUCGAGAUACCCCAAAGCGCUGGUGGAGUACAUGCGCGGCCGCGGUGCCAAGCGCGUAAUGUAUGGAUCGAACUAUCCCAUGGUGCAGCACCACGCGAUUUCCCAACAGCUGGAGCUGUUGAACCUUCAGCCCGAGCAGAUGCAGCUCUUCCUGCGUGGAAACGCCGAACGGGUCUUCAAGCUGCAAAAGCCACGCUUGUGA